AUGGAUUUCAAUAAAGAAAGAUUUGAAAAGCUUGCAAUCGAAAGAUUUCCUGAGAUUCUAGUGGAGAAAAUGGACAAGUCUGAUCCAACCAAUACAAGAAUGUUGAGAACAGCCACGACUAUUUUGCUACUCGAGUAUGCUCAAUUGGAGAAUGUGAGACUCCCGCAGUACAAAGCAGAAAAACAAGCAAUGGAGCUUGUUGGAGUUUUUGAUUUUUACUAUGAAUAUUACAUUAUUGGAAAACACCACCCUGCAACGGAAGAGGAGAUUGAGAUAUCUAAUACACUUAUUAAAUUAUUAUCAUCCAAGGAAUACAAUCCAACAUAUCAGCAACUUUAUAGAAAAUAUGGUAAAGGUGCUGCUUCUCCGACAGCUUGUAGAAAAAUGUUUGAAUAUCUCCAGAAUCAUAACUUGCCAAAAUAUGAUUUGGCUACUCAGACCCUUUCUAUUGAUGGAAAAAAUCUUGGCGAGUUUGCUAUGCUACCUAUGGCAAAAAGGAGAAAAAUGGAGUUCAAAGAUUUGAAGAAAGUUGAGCCAGGCUCAUUUGAUCAUCUUUGCAGAGAAAACGACGAUGCUGAGCUCUUUUUUGGGGGGCUUUUUACAAAAUGUAUGGAAAUUUUUCAUGAAAGAAUAGGUCUAACAUUUCAAGGAAUACAAGCCACCGGCUUUCCUAAUAUUAAUGAUAGAUUUAAUCUUGCUCGAUUUGAAAAAGAUACAAUAUCAGACCGCAGUUCACCUUCAGAUUAUAUGACUGAUUCAAAUGAAGAGAAUGAAGAAGAGGAACAAAUGGAUGAUAGCAGUAAUUCGGAAGAGAUAGAGGAGGAUUUUGCUUCCUUCUUACCACCAUCAGAUAACGUAGAUAAAGAGCCAGAUUGUUUUGGUUCUGAUCUAGAUGAUGAUUAUAGCAUAAAUAGUCCAGAAGUAUUGAAUCUGGAGAAUAUUGGGCAAGAUGAAACUCUUGUGGCAGCUGAAAUAAUUGCCACAGAUGUUCAAAAAGAAAUUACUUGUCUUAAUUCGACACAGGAAAUAAAAAGUCGGUUUGAGAAUAAGGAUGAAAUAUUUUACGAGCAGAUACCACAUACUUCGGUGUCAGCUUUUACAAGUUUUUUGGAAACAGGAUACUACAAUUUGUUUGCCACUCCAACUUCUUAUUUUACUUACUGCAUUACUAUAAACGGAGUAAUGAGCUAUGACUGUGCAAACAGAUAUUUAAAGUUGGGUUCAGACCGUGGUCUAGUUGAAAAACAAGAUCGUGAAAUAAGACACCUUCAUGAGAGAGUUUUUGAAGCUUGGGAAAAAUUAGCAACCGGUGUAGAAAUACCAUUUUGUCCAUGCAAUACCCAUAGUUACUUUUUUGAGAAUACCGCAAAACCUUGUCCAAGCGUAAAGUGCAACUUACAGAGGACUGAUGCUUUGAGCUUUAAAUAUGAAAGCUUGCAAUCAAUGAUGAUUGCAAUGUAUGAAAAUUGCUUUAUUCGGGAAGAAAUGUCAACUAACAAGUCAAAUUCUCUUGUUGGCUCAAAAACAUUGAGCUCGGUUUUCAACGGGCGUCAAUAUAGAGAGUCUGUUUUAAAAGAAAAAUCACAACACAAUACAUUUGUGUACAAUAUUGGCUUAUCCUUGGAUGACUGUAACUUGCUUUCCAAAAGCUACUUAGGAGUUAAAGUAUUUCUUGUUACUUUCUUUGAUUUACCCGAGUCUUUGAGAUAUGAAGAGAAUUGGAAUCAUAUUCCACUAGUUUUAAGUACCAAGCGUGAAACAGAUGGUUCAACUGGAGAAAUGGCUAAAAUCUUAAUGAAGGAAAUUGAGUUUCUAACAAAAAUAGGUAUCAAGAUAGUAAAUCAAGGCACCAAAAUAACUUUAAAAGUUAACUUGAUUUCAAUUACGGGAAAUACCGUUGCUUUGAAAAAAAUUACUGAGACUUUGAAUAGUGUAUCCCAUAAUCCCUGCCUUUACUGCAAAAUUCGGAGAACAGAAGGUAAAAUUUACUUGGCUUCACUAAAUUCUAACAAUGAUUCAUCUGCGGAUACAAACUAUAAACACUCAGUUGCUAAAGUAAAUCAAUCUUUGAAAGUAAUCAAAAUAGAAACAGAGUUUUAUAGAAAGCUCGUUUCAUCUGGCGAAUUUGUUGAUUCGAGCGGUUGGAGGAUCAAGGCCAUCCCUUUAGUCGUGCAUCACACAAAUCUUGAUAUUUUUAGAGUUCUUUGUCCAGAUUUAAUGGAUAUAAGCUAUAAAAAUGUUUUCAGUCUCAGAAUAUGUGGCGUGGUUUGUAAUAAGAACAUGAAGAAUUUGGAUUUGAACUUGCACAAGAAAGUCGUGAAGAGAAAAACUGAAAGUGUUGGAUAUCUUUCAAAGAGUCAUCUUUUUGAGGACAUGAAAGAAUUGGAUAAGAUACUUACUCCAGCUAUGUUGACAACGAUGAUUAAAGCAGUUGACAUGAAAACUUUGUCGCAUUUGUUCAGCUUUUAUUUUGUUCCUUUGAUGCCUUACAUUUUGAUGGAAAACAAUUCAAACCCAUACAUUCAGAUUCUUAAGUACUUAUUGGAAUGCAAUUGCUAUAUAGUUGCAUUUGUGUCUAGAAAAGUUCCACUUGAGUUUUUAGAAAGCCAAAAUGGCACUAAUCCUUUGAAAAAUAGUUUUAUUGCUUUAAUCUUGAAGAUUGAGGAAAAAGUUGCUGAACCAGGAUUUGAAUGGCUUAAGCUUUUUUUUUCUUUACCAACGCAUCAGUUAGUACACAUGUUCGAUAAAUGGGCAGACUUUGGCUCUUUCAAAGACAACUGGUGUUUUGAAACAGAACGUGCUUGCAAUAGAGUUAAAAAAUCGGUUAAAGCCAGCACUAAUUCCUAUACAACACUAAACAAGCGGUUAUCCAUCCUCACCUUAAAAAAAUGUCUUAAUGUAAGUAGCCUCAAAGGAAACGGCUUUCUAUGCUAUUACUGGGGAAGAUGUAAAAAGAUCAAACCUGUUGGUGAACUAGAAAGCAAGGUAAAUGAGUUCCGUACUAAUAUUGGGCCUUUAUAUGAUGAAUUGAUAACAAGAGAUUUGAAAUUUUGUAUGUCAAGGUCAACACGGAUUGAUACCAACGGAGUCAACAAUUAUGCAAAACUUUUGAUUAAUGACUGCUGGGUAUACUUAAAAGUUUUAAGGCUGGUGGCGUUUGAAGCAGAGGAAAAGAAAGGUCUUUUAUUGAAAUAUAGCACUGUAACAGUUCAUACGACAUGGAUUCCCACUGUGCAAAAAGUGUUUGACUUUGGCUUUUACACUAGGGUAAUUUCUGAGGAUAAUUGUGUGAAAUGGAUUUGGCUAGACGAUUCUAUUAAAAUAUAUGGGCUAUGCGUGCUUGAAGAAUAUGAGAACGUUAUAAUAGAUAAGAGUCCUGAUUUUGGGAUACUCUUUAGAAAACAUGAAUGA